AUGACGGGCACCGAUUGCGGCCACGCAGCCGCCGUGGAGGAGGGCAUGGCCGAGCCGCUGUUCCCCGUCGCGGCCAGCGUGGAGGAGGCGGAGCACGGGGGCCUGCCGGCGGCCGCCGCCGCCGCCCGCGCCGCCCGCGCCGCCCGGCCGGGGGCGUCUCGCGGAGGCCGCGUGCUCGGCCUCGCCGCCGCCCUGUGCGCCGCGUGCGCGGUCGCCUUGCUGGCCAGGGCGCAGGCGCGGCCGCGGCACGCGGCAGGUGCGGCCGCGGGCGAGGCGACGGGGCUGUUCCUGUUCGGCGCGCUCGCCAGCGCGGCGGAGGCCAUGCUCACUGGCGCAAAGGCGGCGAAGGCGGUCAGCGGGGGCAUCAGCGACUUCAACGGCAUCAUGAACAACGAGAACUUGAGUGAGGAGAUCUCCAAGCUGGAGCAGAGGUUCAAGCUCGGCUACAACAAGACAACUGUGAACGACCCGCACUGGAGGAAGUUCUUACCGAACGCAACAGAAAAUCUAAGCCAAGAGAAACUGAGGGAGAUGUUGUUCCCUCAUGUUCACCGCCAUGAUGGCAAUCUCUGCUACGACGACGAGGAGGAGCACGCGGGGCUGUGCUAUCCACAGUGCUCUCUCCUCACCUUCGGCACGCACCCUUAUCGAACCAGCGCGUUCUCAUGCUGCAGCAGGGCCCCAUGCCAGUGGGAUCAGACGGCAUUCCGCUCCAGCAUCUGCGGUGGCUUCGACGUGAGCGGCGACAGCGCGAAUGGCAUCUGCCCGCACCUCCCAGGUGCGUGCUUGGCGAAUGAGGAACUUCUUAAUGGAUUAUGCUACAAGAAAUGCUCUAUCCUGACCGAGGGGGAGUACAUGUUCCGCACUGGCCCACUCACGUGCUGCAAGUUUCGCUCGCAGCUUGCCUGCACCGCUGGUGCGAAAGGGCCCGGUGGCAGCUACGACAUCUCGAGCCCACGGUUCGCCACCGGGGGCGGGUUGUGCACUAGCGAGAUGCCGUGCAUGAUACACCCGCCCAGCCGCGCAAUGGCAGAGAACGCGGUGUGGGAGCCAUGGGACAACUUCACCGACGAGCUGGAUAACCUCACCGACGAGCUUGAGGGCAGCACGACGGAAGAAGAGGCGGCCUCGAGGCUGUUGGAUGGCAGCACUGCGAUCGGCGAGGCGGAGGCGGAGGUGGCCCCCACGGGCAGCGCCCCCGCAAGUGCGACCGACAACGCUGCGGCGGCCAUCGCAGCAGAGGAGGAGGCGAUCGCGGCCGUGGAGGAGGCCGUGAAGGCCGCCAAGGAGGCGGCGGCCGCCGCCAAGGCUCAGGCGGCGCGGUCGGCCGCGCAGCCGGGGAGCGGCCGCGGAGGCACCGAAUCGGAAGGCGCAGCUUCCACGGAGGCUCCGAGCGUCGAGGCGGCGGCGAUGAAGUGA